AGACAGAGUGAAUAGUGAGAGAGAGUGUGUUACUAAAAAUGAUGUUAACAGGGAGAGAAAAAGAAGAAGAGAAGAAGAAAGACACUUUGAAAGGAGUACGAUGUACGACAAUAGAGGGAAGCAGAAAGAUCUGAGGAUGUUUGAGAAAUCUUUGGGGAAAAAAAACAACACAACACACUGAGUAACUUCAGACAGGCCGACUAAGUGACAGAAAUGACAGGGAUGCUUCCUGAUUCCCAGAUCUGGAGAUGUGUGUUGAGUUCCACAGUCAUUGGAGAAUCUAAAAGGGACACACUGCUGACACGCUGGUAGAAGAAAGGAAACUUUCGCUGAAAUACUGAAGCGCGCAGAACAGAAAAGUGACUUGCUCAAGUGGAUAUUCAAGGAUGAUACAGAAGUGCACAGCGCACUAAAAGUUGAAGCCUUGGAAAAGACCGAGUUUAAUCUAUUUGGACACUGACCAAGGAUCUUUGGAUUUGGACAGACAAGAAAAUUGAACCUCAACAGUCACUGGUCUGACUUUACUUCAUUUCUGCACCAACUCUAGAUCAUCAUCAUCGUCAUCAUCAUCGUCAUAACCAUCUUCAACAUUCACAAUAUCACAUUAUGAUGAACUUCAACAGCACCGAGCCCUGGCUUUUCAUCAAUACAUCAUCUCCCAUCAUGCCUGUAAUAGCCGGUCCUGCUAACAGAAGUGGCAUGGAGGCAUAUCUUCAAAGACUGGCUCAUUUAGACGAGGGGCUCUACAACGACUUUUACGGCCUUUGGAUUACACUCAUGGUCAUAAACUCUCUCAUAUUCUUGGUUGGCAUGGUGCUCAACACAGUCGCACUCUAUGUUUUCUGUUUCUGCACGAGGCAGAAGACCACAUCAGUGAUCUACACCAUCAACUUAGCAGUGACGGAUCUCUUGGUGAAUCUCUCUCUGCCCACUCGGAUCCUGCUUUACUACAGUGGAGGAGCUUGUCUCACCUGCUCCUACCUGCACAUCUUCAGCUACUUUGUCAACAUGUACUGCAGCAUAUUGUUUCUCACCUGCAUAUGUGUCGACCGAUACCUUGCCAUCGUGCAGGUUGAAGCUUCUCGUCGAUGGAGGAACUCCAGUGUGGCUAAAUGUGUGUGUGUCUCUGUCUGGCUCUUUGCCAUCGUGGUCACAUAUUCCUUCCUCUCCACUGCAUUCCAGCACCCAGGCUGCUGCCUUUCUAAGCUCCUGUUUCUCACCAUCUUUGAGUUCUUCCUGCCACUCAUUAUCAUUGUGGUCUUCACGUUGAGGAUCAUGUGGGCACUGGUUGACCCUUGCCUGAUGCAGCAGAGCAGGGACAGGAGACGGAGGGCUGUCCAGCUGCUGACCACAGUGCUGAUCAUCUUCACAGUCUGCUUCACACCUUUCCACAUCAGACAGGUGGUGGUGUAUUUCUACCCUGACUUGCCACAUCAUGUGAUAGUCUACCACCUGACAGUCACUCUCAGCAGUUUGAAUAGCUGUAUGGAUCCUGUUGUAUACUGCUUUGUUACAAAUAAUUUCCAGGCAACUGUGAGGAAUAUUUUCCGUCGUGCUGAGCCCGAGCAGACUAGUGGUGACAUCAUCAGCAUGCAGCACAGCUCCAAGGCUUCAGGAGGGACGGCCAACGCCAUCACCAAGGAUGUGAUUGUGAUGACCAAGAUUUCUUCUUCACUGCAGAGAGACAAUGCGUGAAAGAACCACACUUUGUAAAUCCUUUUUACACGGGGUGAAGGGAGCUGAAAGUGACGAAGAACGCACAGUUGCUCGAUUUAAACAGGCUGAUAUUUCUGGACUCUGCAGCAUGCUGACCAAAAAGGCCCUGUUCAAAGCUCCCAGGAUCAACAGACAAUACUGACUUUAAUAAUAUCAGAGAUAAAGAGCAACAAGUGCAAAAAAACAAGGGACUAGCUGAAGGGCUGGUUCAGCAAACUAUGAGUUUAAUAAAUUAAUUACAACAUGGUCUGCAAAUAAAAAGCCCUUUAACUUUUAAAUAAUUAGAAUAAUAAUUAACAAAAAUUACCAAAUUACAGAACAUCAUCAGUUGCCACUGAAAAAGGAACAGUGGGCAAUGAAAGCUUUGGCUUCUGUUAUUCUGCAAAUCGUAUGAAUGGCCAUGGAAAAGGUGCUGGUUUUAAAAGAAAGUUAAAAAUGUCGAUCAACUUCCGACAUUAAUGCUCGUCGAAUAAGAAAAAGGACAAUAGUCACCAUCAUAAAGCAUUAUUUGUUUAAUUAAAAAAAAACACCAACAACAAACAAACAAAAACACCUGAAAACCAAAUCAGAAGAUCCACUGAAAAAAACGUUUGUAUUUGGAGGUAAUGACCAUUUUGUGCAGCAGAGGGCAACAAUGCACUCCUUUUCAAAGACUAACUGUCAGAGACUUCAGAAAGUACUACAACUGCCAGAGAAAUGUAGGCCUAUUGGUUGACUGAAAGCAGCUGGAAUAUGAAUGUGUGGGUUGUAAUAAUAUUGUUUUACAAUUACAAAAAAAACGUCAACGCAAAAAUAAAUCAGAAAGUCCUUAAGUUGGAGCGAAAAUGUCUCAGUAAUUGUCUUUUGCAGAAAUCUGGAGGGAAAGUAAGGGAUGUUCAAGGCAGUCACCUUGUUAAGCAGUGAUCUGGUACUUUUGUGAUUCAAGACUAAUCUUUCGAUCCAUCGUCUUUAUGUUGACAGGAUCAGAAAAUGGAGAAUGAUAAGUCAAAAAUGCAUAAUAAUGCUGUAGGCCUAAUUGAACCAUCUUAUUCAGGGUCCUUUAUGUAGACAGUUUAUUAUGUCUGGCAAACAUAGACUGUAAAUAUUGGCAACAUUAUCUUUUGGGAAUUUUGUCCGGAAAAAAAAACACUAAACCAAUAACUUAAAAUAUUCCUUUAUUUCAAUCAAGAGAUAAACCCC